GAAAGCACACUCCUCGUCGAAAGGUGUCUUGGUGAAGGCGACUUCGAGAUCUGCUCCUGAUCACUGAACUUGAUAGAGCUCAGCCUUAGCUUCGGUUUGCUUCCCGUAACUCAACUGAAAUAGAAAAAUUUUCAAGAUGCUCCGGAACUCUCUUAUUGCGUCACUACUCUUCCUCGGUUUGUUCCUGACCGAAUUGGCGGUGCCAGUACAGGGCGCCGCCGACAUAUCAGCUGGGAAUGGAACGAAGGCUGUUGCCAACAUAUCAGCUGGGAAUGGAACGAAGGCUGUUGCCAACAUAUCAGCUGGGAAUGGAACGAAGGCUGUUGCCAACAUAUCAGCUGGGAAUGGAACGAAGGCUGGUGCCAACAUAUCAGCUGGGAAUGGAACGAAGGCUGGUGCCAGAAUUGGUGAGCUCUGCACCGACAAAUAUUGCACCGACAUCAAGAAAGGAACGUGCCGAGGGGAUCUGAGUCCUUGGGCCGUCAGCUGCAAGGAGGUGGAUGAUUCGCUCUGCGGAUUUCUGUGCUUUUGCUGUGUUCCUUGUAGCGGAACCUGUGGGACGGGAGGCAGCGGCACUUGCAAAGGUACCUGCAGCUCGACAGAGGAACAUAUCGGAACCUGUCCAGGAAGGAACUGCAAAUGUUGCAGGGCCUUAAAAAAAUGCACAGCAACUAAGUGUGGGCUCAACAACUUGUACACCUGUAUCACCUCGAGCCAAUGCCUCAGCUCGAAACGGAGGCCGGGGAUUUGCGCCAGUGGAUGCCAGUGCUGCGCAUAGAUAUUUGGCUGAGGAGGGAAUAUACAGCUCCUUCUGCAGUUCCCAAAAGAUGCUCAUCGUUGGAAGGGAACGCGCUCGCACUCACCCACUUCUACACUGGAAUCUCAUAGCACAAAAUUACAACAGCCAAAAUUAGAAUUAUAUCUUAGCAUUGUUUUGUACUGAAGGAUCAGUGGAUAUUAAAUUUUUCGAUGACUGA